GAAGGUUCAUUGCCUAUCCCAGUACUAACCAUGGAUGUUUAUGGGUCGUAGCAGCCGCACCUUGCAAAGUGGUCUGCAGCAUGGCUUCUGUUCACCCUUCCGGAAAUCUUCAAGUCACCCUCCCGAACGGUUUACAAGUUUCUGCUGUCAGCACGCUUGAUCUAGAUUUCCUGUACAGAGAGAUAUUUGAGCAGCAGCUCUACCUGCAGCAUGGCAUUUCGCUGCAAAGAGGGGAUGUUGUACUGGACUGCGGAGGAAACAUAGGGAUGUUCUCCCUGUUUGCUGCCGAGGUUGUUGGGACCACGGGGCGGGUCUUUUGUGUUGAGCCGGUGGAGAGCAUCUUCGAUGCCAUGCAGCAGAACAUCAGCUCACAUGCAGAGUGGUGUAGGGAACAAGGGAAGUCGGCUGCAGACAUCACACCAAUCAGGAGGGGCAUCGGAGAUGGGACCAAGGACAGCUUCACAUUCACGCUGUACCAUAAUUUCACAUGCUGGAGCACGAUGUACCCGCAGGAUGAGGAGUUCCACCAGAGGCACAUCGCAGAGUAUGUGAAGCAGAACAUCCGCGCGCUGGCCGGCAUGCCGCCUUCUCUGUACAACAGAGCCGCACGCUUCUUCUACUACGUUGUUCCGAGCAGCAUUUUCAACUGGAGCAUGCGGCGGUAUGUGCGCAAUAACCUGCUGGACGCACAAACGGAAGAGUGCCGCAUGUGCACGGUGUCCGAUCUUAUCCGCAGCCACGGCCUUGCCCGAAUUGACCUGCUCAAGAUCGAUGUGGAGGGCGCUGAGCUGGACGUGCUGCGUGGCAUAGCACACGAAGACUGGCGACUCAUCCGCCAGGUUGUGCUGGAGGUGGAGUCAUUGGGGGACGAGGGCAGCGGCACUCCAGAGCUGGAUGCAGUGAGGGCCAUUCUGGCGGGGGCCGGCUUUGGGGACCUCACCGUGGACGAGCCGCAGAAGGGCAGCAGAGUCUUCCACCUGUAUGCCAGGCGCGCUGGGGAGAGUAGGGAAAAGAUGGCGUUCUUCACAGCAGCGGAAUCCCGGCAGACGGCCGAGGCCUCCACCUCGAAGGUGACUACGGAAAAGGAAGGCGUGCACGCCACGGCCAGCACCGCCAGCAACAACUCCGCCUCGCAGCCUGCCGGUACGGUGGAGCAGAUACCCCUGACCAAGCUGCCAGAGAAGCCGGUCAUCAUGCGCCCCUGUCGCGCCGCGGACACGUCCUUCGUGUCAUUCCAGCUCUUCACGGAGACGAUGUUCUUCGACUGGUGAACCCGAGGGUCGGAACUCCAAGAACGCCCAGGUUGUGUCUAGCUGGACUUCGAGGCACACCUUGAAGCAAGAGGAGAAGAUGCACUGCCGCAAGAAGGGAUGCCUUCAUGUGCAUACAUAGUCAUCUCAGGAGCUACCCUUUCUGCAUACAUGCUGUUUGAUUAAGAACCUGACCCCGGCUUGUGGCUCUGCAAACUUGCAAAUUGACUUUUUCCAGUUUCUCCAGUCCCAGUCCCAAUUGCGAUCAUUGCAAUUUCAGUAGCCAGCAGGACAAUUAGUGUGCCAUAGAACCAUCUUGUAUUCAUAGGCAGGCUUGCUGUAGGCCAGCAUUGCACACUUUUGGUUGAAUAAGAGCUGCUGAAGUAUUGUAGCAGCAAGAGCAGAACGGAACGCAUGUGGAACCCUGUUGCACGCUUGACGCCAGUCGUCACGACAGGAAUGGCCUGAAAAUUGAAUUGUGGCAGCAGUGUGCUAUGCACCUAUUUAUAAAACCCUGGCCAAUGCCAGCCUCAGUGUUUCUAGGAGGUGGGAAGAGCUUGUCUAAGAUGGUAAGAAUCGAAACAGGCAGGACAGGCAAUGGUGGGUUGGCUAGGCGCAUGCGCAUGUGCAGUAUGCUUGAUCCGCAGAUUGUAAGCAUUAUGUCUG